AUGCCAAUCGAAUUAGAUACUGAUGGUGCUACAACCAAGGCUCUACGAGCUUUGACGAAACAAUGUGAAGUGGAUCCCAAGUUAGCUAACGAUACCAGCAUCCAUUUGAUCAUCAAUACACAACAACCUGUUGGAAUAAGAAACGACCACGUCCCCCGCAUCAUUCCUUUGAAACACAGCCAGAUGAAAUCUGCAAAUGAUGUGCGAAUUCUACUGAUCUGUAAGGACCCAAGUACGCUAUAUCGAGAUUCGUUGACGAAGGAAAAGGCUACGGCAGAAUUAUUCAAAGAAAUUAUCAGCGUCAAGAAACUGAAGCAACGGUUCAGAGGUAAAAAACUGAAAGAGUUAUAUAAUGAAUUUGACAUGAUAGUAGCGGAUUACAGAGUUCACCAUUUAUUACCAAGUGUCCUGGGCUCAACUUUCUACCGUUCGAAUAGAAAGCUGCCGUUUGUUGUAAGAAUGUCAAAACAAAUUAAAGAGAAAGGUUCCAAAAUGAAGGAAGAUUGUGACCCAAAAUACGUGAAAGCACAAGUAAAGUCCAUAUGUAAGAAUACCUGGUUUCUACCAAACAAAGACAACUGUUUAAGCAUUAAAAUUGGGGAAAUCGGCGUACAUGCUGAGGCGGAAUUAAUGGCGAAUGCAGAAGAUGUGAUAGACUUUCUGUGUGACAGAUCAAAAAAGCCACAAGGUGGGUGCAUCAAAGAUGGGAAAAUCUCCUCUAUAUUUGUCAAGACUAGCAACAGUCUGAGCUUACCAAUAUGGAAGAAACUAGAACAAGAAUCAAUCGAUGACGAUGAAGAAAUUAGGCUAUGA